AUGGCCACCACCACCACCUCUGCGUACCCCGACGAUAAGGGUGCAAAGGCUUCUCAUGAGGUCGACGCCCCAGAACUCUCUACCCACGAGCCUACCGGCACUCUCCAGCUUCCAAACUCGUGGAAAUACAAGCGCGUCAAGCUGUUCGGCUUCAAGUUUCCCUGGUAUGCCUCGCCUCCCGUCCAGCUCGUCAUUGUCUCCCUGGUCUGCUUCCUGUGCCCGGGCAUGUUCAAUGCCCUCAAUGGCAUGGGUGGAGGUGGUCAACUCGACAGUACCGCCAACAGCAAGGCCAACACCGCGCUCUACUCCACCUUCGCCGUCGUCGGUUUCCUCGCGGGUUCCUUCACCAACAGACUCGGAAUCCGCACCGCUCUGUCCUUCGGAGGCGCCGGCUACUGCAUCUACGUCGCGUCCUACCUCAGCUACAACCACACCAAGAAUCUCGGCUUCACCACCUUUGCGGGCGCCCUCCUCGGUGUGUGCGCCGGUCUGCUGUGGUGCGCCCAGGGUGCUAUCAUGAUGUCCUACCCACCCGAGAGCUCAAAGGGUCGCUACAUCUCCUGGUUUUGGAUGAUCUUCAACUUGGGUGCUGUCAUUGGCAGCUUGAUUCCCUUGGGACAGAACAUUCACACUACCGAGCCCGCGGAUGUGAAUGAUGGCACUUACAUCGGUUUCCUCGUCCUCACCAUCAUCGGAGCUGCUCUUUCAUGGACGCUUGUCGAUGCCAGGGAUGUCAUCCGUUCCGAUGGCUCCAAGGUCAUCGUUAUGAAGCACCCAUCAUGGAAAUCCGAAAUCCUUGGACUGUGGGAGACCUUCCAGACCGACACCUACAUCUUGGCUCUGUUCCCAAUGUUCAUCGCAUCCAACUGGUUCUACGUCUACCACUUCACCGAGGUCAAUGCCGCCUACUUCAACCUCCGCACCCGUGCCUUGAACGGCGUCGUCUACUACCUGAUGCAAAUCCUCGGUGCCUACAUCUUCGGAUUUGCUCUCGAUCUCAAGGGCGUCCGCCGUACUGUCCGUGCCAAGGCCGCCUGGGCGGCUCUCUUCGUGCUCAUGAUGAUCGUCUGGGGUUGCGGAUACAAGUUCCAGACCACGUAUACUCGUGAGUGGGCCAUUGACAAGUCGACGGUCAAGAAGGACUGGUCGGACCCUGGGUUUGCCGGACCUUUCGUUCUGUACAUGUUCUACGGCUUCUCCGAUGCUGCAUGGCAGACAUGCGUUUACUGGUUCAUGGGUGCGUUGACCAACAACGGCCGCAAGCUCGCCAACUUUGCCGGUUUCUACAAGGGCAUCCAAUCCGCUGGUGCAGCCAUCACGUGGCGCCUCGACGACAUCGGCAUCCCCUACAUGAACAUGUUCGCCUCCAACUGGGGUCUCCUCGUCGGCAGUCUGAUCAUCGCCCUGCCCGUCAUUCUCUGGAAAGUGGAGGACUCGGUCGCUCUAGAGAAGGACGUGGCUUUCACCGAUAAGACCGUUGAAGAGGUCGCUCCCAAGGCGGCCGUCCAUGCUCCGGGCGAGACCAUUGAUGAAAAAGUUUAA